AUCAUAUAUGCCUAAAAGUAGGAUUAGGGUUAGGGUUUUUUGGCGGCAGAGACUCAUCUAGUUUGCCUCCCUUUGCAGCUUGAGAGCACCAAAUCAUGGCUGAACAGACUGAGAAGGCGUUUCUGAAGCAACCAAAAGUGUUUCUAUGCUCGAAGAAGUCUGGCAAGGGAAAGAGGCCUGGCAAGGGCGGGAACCGCUUCUGGAAGAGCGUUGGUCUUGGUUUCAAGACCCCCAGAGAAGCCAUUGACGGAACCUACAUCGAUAAGAAAUGCCCCUUUACUGGCAAUGUAUCUAUCAGGGGUCGUAUCUUAUCUGGCACUUGCCAUAGUGCUAAGAUGGUUAGGACCAUUAUUGUUCGUCGUAAUUAUCUUCAUUUUGUGAAGAAAUACCAAAGAUAUGAAAAAAGGCACUCAAACAUUCCUGCACACAUAUCCCCAUGCUUCCGCGUGAAGGAAGGAGAUUAUGUCACUGUCGGCCAAUGCAGGCCAUUGUCGAAGACUGUGAGGUUCAAUGUGUUGAAAGUCAUUCCUGCUGGAUCUUCUGGUGGUGGGAAGAAGGCUUUUACUGGAUUGUGAGGUGAUGUCCAGUUUUCCUCAAAGGCUGGUUAUAUAAUUGUCAUGGUUUUCAGUGAGCUAGAGAGAACCUUUUGAAGUUGGCAACAGCAUGGUGAUUGGGUGGACCUGGACUGUUAAAUGCUCUGCUCUUUUUCUGCUUGUUUCAAUAUAAUUAUGACUUCUUUAACUACUGUUUAAAUUUUGGUUUUUAAUAGGAAUUCCAUCUACUCUUCUAUAUUUA